AUGGGAUCCAAAAUGCAACAUAGCGAUGCUGCAGAAUAUGCGUUUACAAUGAUUGACACUAAUCAUGAUGAAUCAAUUGAUUUUACUGAAUUUGUAUUAUUUUUCGGCAUGGAAAAAAAACGCGAUCUAGAUAGUAGACUCGAAAUGAUGUUUGAAAUAAUGGAUACAUCAGGCGAUGAAUUUGUCAGUUACGACGAGAUGGUAAACAUCAUGCAGAAAGCAUUGAGAAUGGGAGGUGGUACAGGAGCAGAACAUGUUAAUUCAAGGAUGAUUGCUACAGAAAUCUUCAACAUGUUUCAUCUCGAUAAAGAGCAAAACUUAAACAAGAAGCAAUUCAUAGAUGGAUGCAAAAAUGAUAAAGACCUUAUCAAAAUAUUUGGAUCCUCAUGA